AUGCUCAAAUCGUGCUCUCAGUUACGCCCUUGGAUUCUCCGAAAUUCACAAACAUCAUAUAGCCCGAGAAUCUCCGGGGCUAUACAUGUCAACUCGCGUCGUUACACUAGCCAACCACCUCAACCGCGAAAACGCAAAAAAGGGAGGAACAGGAACCCUUGGAGUAAAAUUCUCUGGCACGCGCCGGGGGUUAUAGACUUUGUCACUCCGAAGGUGAUUCCCGAGCUGCAUAUCCACAAAAUCGAGGAUAAGGCCAUGUUUGAUCCAAAAUGGUGGGUUGACCAGUUCCGCGAAUUUGGGCCAGUGCGGAGUGUAAUAUCGGUCAAGCUCAAGAAGUUCGUAAUCGUCGCUUUCCUCGACAAACGAGAUGCAACCGCCGCCCUCGAGGCCAUGAAAGCGCAAACCGACGGCCCUUUUGCGAAGUUAAACAAGCGGCUAGAGCCUAAAAUCCCGACUCAAGCACAGAUCUCGCGAAUUAAGGACCAGACGAUGCUGAGCCUUCGCGGUCUUCACGAUUCAGAGGGUGUGCCCAGUCAAGCUUAUCUUGCGUGUGUGGUGACCGUGGGUCUGGCUUCCUUAAACCCAACGGCAGCAUUGUUUCGCACACGACCCAUAUUAGCCUCUCAGGAUACAACUCUUCAAACGAGAGAUGAUUCUAGCCGGUGA